CCUUAAAAAGGCAAGAAUUCUGUCAUUGUACAAUUGUGACAUUUUACCGUAUAAAUUAUGAAAAAUUUGUAGUGUUAAUUACCUUUAGUAAUAUCGUAACACUAUGUUAAAACAAGAAAACAUAUACGACGGUCUGAAGUCUAAUGCCGAAAGAAAGAAAAGAAGAAAGCGGAAAUCACUUUGUAAGCAAGACGUGCUCUCAAACGAUUCUCAAUCAAAACUUUUUGCAAUCAGAUGUCCAGCGAAGCUAGCAUCUUUUGAUCAAGCGAACCAAUACGUUGAUAACGAUGUCGUUAAUUCCGAUAUGAGUAAACUAAAGAAAUUCUCCAAGUGUCUCCAAAGCUUAAAGGAAAAGAAACACGAAAAAUGCGAACAAGGAACGUCUUCGUCAGAAGACAAAUCUACAACCAGAAGAAUUAGAAGGUUUUCCUUAAGACCUCUUACGUAUUUGUUACAACGCUUUAAAAGGAGGUCAAAUAAUAUAGCGGAAGGGUCGGAAAUAGUCGGCGAAAUAAGUAAAACUGCCCCGUCGCAUCAAGCAGGCAAAAAUAGUUUAACGAUGGCAAUUCGUCUACCACCUGGUACAAACUUAUCUGAAAGUUCGCAGCUUAAGGUCGAGUUUCAACUAGAAGAGGAAAAUCAGUCCUCAUUUAAUGCAACGUCUGUUGACGAAGUAUGCUUGAACUGUGUUGAAACGUCUGCUUCUACGUCGAUUUUUGAAGGAAAUCUUCAAGUGCCAUCAAACACCUGCAUUCGCGAUGUUGCUCAAAUGCCACUUUAUAUCCUUAAUUCAGGAGAAGUAAGAUAAAGGAUAGUAAAUUGAAAAAAUUAAGUUCGGAAACAAUUGAAUUUUAAGUUAUCAUCAUU